AAGUCGCGAGAAUCUGGCAGAGCUUCCUGGGGGGCUUUUCUGGAGAAUCAGUUCUGUAGGGAAGAGUUCCCUGGCAAACACGCUGCUCGUUAAAAAGGUUCCAGGUGCUGCAGGCCUUUGGCGCCAACGUUGAGUGAACUGAGCAGUAACAGGACUUCUAAAAUACUAACUGUUCCAAUCUGGUGAGUGAUGAAGGAACAGUGGGAGUAGACCCCUUCCAGGUGUGGGUUCCCUGUGGCCAGGUUGGCACUACAUGUCAGUGUUAGGCUAGGAUAUCCAGUGAAUUGGUUGGAGAUGAAAAAUCAUUCUUUUCAUAAAACUGUAGAUGUUUUUCUUAAAUCAUUGUAGCUUCUUCUGGAAAGACUCAAGCUGGCUGCAGUUGCCUGCUCCAUGUUGUCUUAAAGAGUUGGACUCAACUUGGGGUGCAUGUGUACAUUAUGCUCUGCAAUUUUCCUGCUUUCAAAUGUACCUUUUGGAGAUUAUGUGAUUUCCCCCCCUCUGUUUUGGAGACCUCUGUUACCGCUAGGUGAGUGAAAUGCUUUUGAAUAACUGGAUUAUUCACCUCCUGUCCUCACCUGGGUUCUUAGAGUGCCCCACACUGUACCUAAUCAUUCAGUUCCAGAAAAAGGGCCAAGUCUGCCUUUCCUCAAGGACCUAAAUGACCACAGACAGUUCACUACUGGCUCGUCCUCCAGCAUAUUCCUCCUGGGCUCAUCAGUGGGCUCUUUGCCUAUUUUCCUAGAGGCUCAGGACAUCUGAGUGCAUAGUACUAAUGCCCCUUAUGUCCAAGGUGUGAUGGUGUUGGUGGGUACCCAAAUAUUGAUGAAUCAAUGAAUGAAAGGACAAUGAACCACUGACAAAAUGCAAGAGUGACUGAUCUGGCCUCUCCCUGUUGGGAGCCAUGGCUACACAAAAGGGCACAGGGAAUAGUCCAGUAGGUGUAAUGCCUGUUUGCCUUAAGGUUAGAAGGAGGUUUUGUCAUGCACUGUAAAUGUAAAACUGGCAAGAGUCUACAGCUUAGAAUCAGAAAAGACAAAAAAACAACAAAACUUACUGACAGUAAAGAAAAGGAGACUGCAGUGUUUUCAUCCUUGGAAUCAGAUGUUGCAUAUAAGUAAGCUGGAAGCCUUUAUGGAUAGAGGCAGAGUUUAUAGCUUCAUUCUAUAUAGCAGUGCAAAGUAUUUCCCCAGAGUGAACAUGGUAUGAUGGAAAGAGCACAUGGGCCCACGUCAGGUUCACCUAGGCCCUCCUGGUCACCUACUUGGUGACCUUAAGCAAAUCAUUCUCUAAAAUUGGCUUAAUACCAGAGUUUUGAUGGUAGAAGUGAGAGUAUGUAUGAAAUGCUUUAUAAAAUAUGAAUUAAAUGAGUGUUUAUAGGCUCAGCAUGUGUGCAAAGCACAGUAGGUAAUAUUAGAAUUAGGGGUUUGAAGAAAAGGUAGCUUUAGAAUGAGGGUGAGCCGUAAGUAAGUGUCCAGUGUGUGCCAGCAUGUCGCAUACAUGAUUUCCAAUUCUGUCAGCCUCUUAAGCUAGAAUUACACUGAUGAGGACCCUCACCCGAAGAACCCAAAGCUGCACAUGGUUAGAGGCCAUGGAAGUCUCAUUAGAAAAUGCAGGCUGAAAACAAAAUGGGUUAAGGAGAAAAUCAUGGAGGCAGAUCAGAGAUGGAGCCCUGGAGGGGCUGCAUUUUGUAGGCCAGCCACAUAAGCCCUACCCUGCUGGGUCCCCGUGGCAGCCAGGACUGGAGGUGGCACACAGGUGCGCUGAGACAUUCUCUGGGGCUCUGCGCCCAGCAUACACAGAGAUGGCUCCCGAAGAAGCGAGGGCGUUCCCGGGCAGCUGGCUGCAUCUCCAGGCCUGGAGGCUGAGCGAGCUCCCGGGGAAGCCUGGCCACCUCGCACUUCCCUGCUGGCCCCCAGGCCAGCAGAGCUUCCUUCACCCUCCACCAGGGGUCAGCCUGUGCCUUGUCCUACGGAGCCUUGGCCCAUAUCCCAGGUUUGCAGUUGUGUUUUAUUUUUGGCACCGCAGCCUUCCGUCAUCAAGCAGCAAAGCCCAAAGGGAAAGCAGCAAGAUAGCCUACUCUGGCCACAAGUGUCUGUUCGGGUCACACUUCAGUCGUCCGUUGUCCCCUUUCCCCAAGGGGCUCCUGGAACUUGGGAUUCCUGUCACAUUCACUGAAGGGCCUGCGAGGACACAGUGGGCCCCUGGGAGUCACCCCUAAGGAGCUGAGCAUGACCCAGGACAAGGCACUGCCGGACUUCCAUUCCGCACAGAGCUUCUAUGAGAACUAUGAGCCCAAGGAGAUCCUGGGCAGGGGAGUUAGCAGUGUCGUCAGGCGCUGCAUCCACAAGCCCACGUGCCAGGAGUACGCGGUGAAGAUCAUCGACAUUACCGGUGGGGGCAGCUUCAGCGCCGAGGAGGUGCGGGAGCUGCGGGAGGCCACGCUGAAGGAGGUGGACAUCCUGCGCAAGGUCUCAGGACACCCCAACAUCAUACAGCUGAAGGACACUUAUGAGACCAACACUUUCUUCUUCUUGGUGUUUGAUCUGAUGAAGAGAGGGGAGCUCUUUGAUUACCUCACUGAGAAGGUCACCCUGAGUGAGAAGGAAACCAGAAAGAUCAUGAGAGCCCUGCUGGAGGUGAUCUGCUCCUUGCACAAACUCAACAUCGUGCAUCGGGAUCUGAAGCCCGAGAACAUCCUCUUGGAUGACAACAUGAACAUCAAGCUCACAGACUUCGGCUUUUCCUGCCAGCUGGAGCCGGGAGAGAAGCUGCGAGAGGUGUGUGGGACCCCCAGUUACCUGGCCCCUGAGAUCAUUGAGUGCUCCAUGAAUGAUGACCACCCAGGCUACGGGAAAGAGGUGGACAUGUGGAGCACGGGGGUCAUCAUGUAUACCUUGCUAGCCGGCUCCCCGCCCUUCUGGCACCGCAAGCAGAUGCUGAUGCUGCGGAUGAUCAUGAGUGGCAACUACCAGUUUGGCUCCCCGGAGUGGGAUGACUACUCCGACACUGUGAAGGACUUGGUCUCCCGCUUCCUGGUGGUGAGCCCGCAGGGCCGCUGUUCGGCAGAAGAAGCCUUGGCGCACCCUUUCUUCCAGCAGUACGUGGUGGAGGAAGUGCGGCACUUCAGCCCCCGGGGGAAGUUCAAGGUGAUCGCUCUCACGGUGCUGGCCUCAGUGCGGAUCUACUACCAGUACCGCCGCGUGAAGCCCGUGACCCGGGAGAUCGUCAUCCGGGACCCCUAUGCCCUCCGGCCCCUGCGGCGACUCAUCGAUGCCUAUGCUUUCCGAAUUUACGGCCACUGGGUGAAGAAGGGGCAGCAGCAGAACCGAGCUGCCCUCUUCGAGAACACACCCAAGGCCGUGCUCCUCUCCCUGGCUGAGGAGGACUACUGAGGGGCUGGCAGGCAGGGGAGGUGGGGCGGGGGUCACGGGGGGGAAGGGAGCCACAGACACGUAAGUCAAAGGAGUGAGAGUGUGGGCAGGCCUCCGUCCAGAGCAGGCACUGGGCCCUGGCCAGCACCCCUGGAACCGGGGCCACUGUCCCCUCUCAGGGGCAUCACACAGUGGUAAGUGCAGUCGGAGCCAGCCCCACGGAGUGGGGAAGUGGGGGACCAAACGUGGUCCAGAAGCAGGAGCCCGCCUGCCCCUCCACAUCCCAGUCGCAUCGCCAUCUCAGCUUCUCCUCGCGACACUCGGAUGCACUUCCCUUAGGGUCCCAGAGUGAGGACGAAAGACACAGAACAGUCUGAGGUACAGAUCCCAGGAGACUUUACUGACGUCACAAUGUCCAGGGACACCACGGGAGCAGGUUCUUCUCUGGGGACAUGCUUUCAGAGGUGUAUGGCAGCCCUGACAUAACGACAAUAGAAGGGGAAGCUUCUGCUA